UUUCCCGGAUUUUGGUCAACCCAGCCUACCGCGUUCCACUACUAUUUACGUUCAUCUUCAAAUGCCGUAAAUGAACUUCGUCAGGUUCUAAUGAACACUCUACUUUCUGCAGAGGGUUUGAUCAUUCUUCGUCUACCGCCAUCACUUCUAUCAGACCUCAUCAAUAUCACCACCGAACUUGGCUUCAAUACACAUCCUCGGAAGUCCGUUACGGCUAAGAAUCCGAUUCUACUACUGGCCAUCACCGAUACUCUGAUCUUUCCUGAGGAACCAACCAAACUUCGAUCUUGCCCAGGAAUCUUUCCAUUCCUGGCUGAUAUUCAAAGCGCCUCCUCCUAUAUGCGCCGUUGUUUACGUCAGCGUUUCUCCCAGUUCGCCUUUCAAUGUUUGGAUGUCACCAAUCUCUCUAACAACACUACAGAACUCGAUGCACUCACAGAGGUCAUUGAAUGGCUCCCAGAAUUUUGGCUACGUUGUAUGACCACAUCAGCGUGGAACAGUCUCUCUAAUUCAGAGGACAACACAACCUCUACUUUCACCUUCGUUCUCUCUCCUUUCAGGCUUCUCGCCUGUCCGUUAACUCUUAAAGCCUCGUCCCUGUGGUUCGGGGAAGUCUGCGACUCUGAGGGUAUCUUUCGCAAACUGGGAGAGUCGAAUGGUGAUCUAAUGAGAUGGCUUGCAGCUACCUGGCCAUGGCCAAAUGAAAAGUUGCCAUUUGUAUUCGCUCCGUUUGACCAUUCUACUGGUGGACUACAUCUUGAUCCAAUCAUGACUUCUUCAAACGCCUCUAUGGCAUCCUCGUCGAUGCUUAUGUAUGAUUCAAGUGCAUCACUACCGACUUUGUUGUCAUCCAAUGCCAAUAGUACCACUGGACGCUGUAUACGAAUAACCCCUCCCUGUCCCAUUUUAAGACGAUAG